AUGUUCUUAAUGCCUGCUUUGUACGGAGGAUAUGGUAUUGAUUCCGCACUUAAAGUAGCCUUCUAUCCUCAUAUGUUAAUGACCGAUGCUAAAUGUCUAUCCUAUCUAAUUGGUUUAAUUUUCUUACAAACGGCUUUUGGUUUGAUUGAAUUAUCGCACCCAGAUAACUCCAUACCAGUGAACCGGUUUGUAACUCCGCUUCAUAUCGUACCUGAAUGGUACUUUUUAGCAUAUUAUGCGGUGUUAAAAGUAAUCCCAUCCAAAACCGGUGGUUUGUUAGUAUUUAUGUCCUCUCUCAUUAACUUAGCUCUUUUAUCUGAAAUUCGAGCUUUGAAUACUCGAAUGUUGAUACGACAACAUUUUAUGACUCGAAAUGUAGUCAGUGGAUGGGUAAUUAUUUGGGUAUACAGUAUGAUCUUCUUGAUUAUUAUUGGUAGUGCUAUUCCACAAGCGACUUAUAUCUUAUAUGGUAGAUUAGCUACUAUCGUAUAUCUUACUACCGGAUUGGUUCUAUGCUUAUACUAA